AGGGUCCCGGUCUCGCUGACGAUGAGGUCCGCGCUGGUGCAACGCUUGGACACCAUCACUGCCUUCCCCCGGACUUUCCCCAGAUCUAAUUUGCUUGCCCCAGCCUCCAGGUUGGGUGAGUUGGAACCGAGGCAAUCAUCGGAUUCCACUGUCGGCAGUUUCUGAGAGCGUGCUCCAAAUAUUUACCGAUCAAACAACGUGGAUGUUAGACCCCUGAGCGGACUGCCAAUGGCUUAUUCGCAAUGCCGCAUGGUCAGUGGUCACGGGGGACAUGCCAGAAUUCAGACCAUUGGAGAUGCAGCGAGCCGCGCCUGGCGUUUACGGGGGGGCUUGCCUUGUUGGGGACUGGAGGGUGGUUGGAACUUGGAGGGAGGUUGGAUUUGAAAUACCAAAAGUCCGAGCUGGGCUCCGACGUUGAGAGUCACGUUCGUCCAACUCCUCUCAGCACAAUGCGUGGCAACGAUGAACGCAGUACUCAACUCCGUACAACAUACGUACAAGAAUUGCGAUCAAAGCUCGAAGGAAGAGAGCUGGGACCACCCAGCUACUCUGCCCAGGGUCCACGGAAACCUAUUAGCUUCGCUCAGACUGGUGUUAUGCAGAGCCACGAUGCCGUUUGCGGCACAAUGCUCACGAGAUGUGAGUGUGCCGACGCCACGCGCACGUCGGAGCUCGGGUUACAAAGUGGCGUCACGUUGCUUGCGACGAACCAAAUCUCGGUGAAGGCGUCUGCCUCGAAAAUGGAGCGAUCAGGCGCGGUCAAAUUGCCAUGUCACCGAAUAUAAUUGUAAUCCAACGGGUAGGGUAUCAGGCUCCUCGCACAAAGCAAUGAUGCCGACUUUUCUACACUCAUAAUCUGUAGCCUUUUCUUACCUCCCAAUUUAUUACUGAGAAUUCAGGCAUCUUGGGAAACGCUGUCUCACAGCCCAAUCAAUUGACGCCAUAGCUGAGCAUGGCAUGAAAAAGACGCUCGUGUCCGCCGAGACGACCCUGGCCAACGACGUCAUUGGCAAGGGACGCUU